UGGAAACUUGUUGCUGUUUCUCUCUGUAAAAAAAUCUUACAGAGAGAAACAGGCUCCUCUUUAUGAUGAUGAUGAUACGGUGGGAUGGGAUCACUUGUCUAUUUAUAAAUUUGGUCUUCCUUCUCCAUCUUCGACUUUAGAAAUAGCUCUUCUUCCAGUUUUUUUUCGCAAAUUUCACUCUUCCAGUUUCAUAUCUUAUCUGAAAAUCGUUUCACGGGGUUCUUUCUCUCAAGAUCUUUCUCAAAGUUUUGUUCUUGUUAUUGAAGGAGUCGUUUUUGGCUUCUUGGUUGCUCUCAGUUUUAAUGCUACUACCUUGGUUUCAGAGCUCACAUUAUUGUUUGUAAUUUUUUGUACGUUUUGACAAUAAAGAGUUCAGCUUUUUAGAUCCACCAGAAAACGAAGUUUCCUUGACUGCAAUUGAAUGGUUUCUUAAUUUUAGUUUUGUUUUUGUUUAUUGAAACUUUUAUCACAACCUUCAAUCCAGCUCACUGAGUCAAGAAUGUUCUAUUACUUUACCCAGGAAAUGGUCCAAGUUCCCAUAUAAAAAACCUGUUUUAAUUUGAUAUUUCUGGACCGAUUUCUUUGAUUUUUUGCUUUUUUCUGUAAUGGGUUGUGCGAGUUCCAAGCAAAACAAGCGGUGCCGGCACUGCCAGAGACCGUGCACGCCGGUGCCAAGAAGCUAUUCAAUGCAUGUGCAUCAUCCGCCACAAGGCGACGGUGAUGGCUACCAUGUGGUGGCGCUCACAUCCUCCACUUUGGGCUCGUUGAAGCUGGAUUUCGACAAGAACAAUCAUAAUGUUGAAAUCAACGGUGAUGAUCAUCUUGAUGUUGGUGGUUGUGGUGGGGGUGUUGAUGAUGAUGAUAAGAGCAAAAGCACCAAGGAUAUUACAAUGGGGUUGGUUGAGGCAAAAGUUUGGUCAAGCAAGAUGGAAGAGAGGAUCCCAAAAUUAGUGCCCAAAACUCCUGUCAGGACUCCUCCUGGAGAGCCUGAGACUAUCAACACUUGGGAAUUGAUGGAGGGGCUUGAAGAUUUUAGUCCAUUAAUGAGAUCACCUAAUCACAUUCGGAGUUUUUCUUUUGAUGUUGUCAAGAAUUUGAAUUCCAAUGCUGUGGUACCUUUUGAUGACCUUCCUCUUCCAAAGUCCAAAUUGAUUUCAGAAUUUGAUCCUGAAGUUAUUCAAACCUUCAAGAAAUCUUUCCAGGCUCUAUCUCCAGGGAACCCUUUUCAUGUCGGGCAGCAAUUGGAGAAAUUGGAGAAUGAAAAUGAAAAUGAAUGUGAAAUUGGAAAGCAGGAACCUGCAGUGGCUGGCAAUCAGUUGUUAUUAGAUUCCUCAGAAGGCAAGAAAACAGGAAAUGGGGUAGUUUCAGAUCAAAAUUUUGAAAGACAAAAAGUUGUGGUGUACUUUACAAGCCUAAGAGGAGUUCGGAAGACAUAUGAGGAUUGUUGCCAUGUGAGAGUUGUAUUAAAAAGCCUAGGCAUUCGCGUCGAUGAGAGAGAUGUUUCGAUGCAUUCAGGCUUCAAGGAGGAACUUAAAGGGCUCUUAGGAAAUGGGGUUACAGGGGUGAGCUUGCCAAGAGUAUUUCUGGGGAAACAGUACAUUGGAGGAGCUGAAGAGAUCAGGAGAUUGCACGAAGAAGGGCAGCUGGAGAAGAUGCUUGUAGAGUGUGAAAAAGUGGAUGAACUUGGUGGAGUUAAUGGAGUAACUUGUGAAGCAUGUGGAGAUAUAAGAUUUGUGCCUUGUGAAACAUGUUCAGGAAGUUGUAAAAUAUACUAUGAAAAGGAAGAAGAAGAAGAAGAAGAAGAAUAUCAAGAACAAAGGGAAGGUGAAGAAAAUGAAUUUGGGUUCCAACGUUGUCCUGAUUGUAAUGAAAAUGGACUGACAAGGUGUCCCAUUUGCUGCUAUUAGUCAGAACUCAUAAUUAAGAACAAUAAUUUUUGUUUUUUGAAUUUUUGGUCUCUGUGAGUCUUCAUUUGGCGUUGUUUAUUGUACAGUGAGGGGUUUUUGGUUAUUUUUUUAGUUACACGUAACCUUACUUGAGCCGCAUCAUCCCUCCAAACUUGAACCUAUCACACCAACCAGGAAAAUGCCUAAGUCUAAUGAAGUUUUUGGUUCAUUGAAGGGGGAGGGAUUGAUGUAAAACACAGCCUGCAAUGAAGAAAAUAAGUGAAUAAUGUGUUCUAGUCAUGUGUCCUGAUGGCUGUAUACUUUUUAAAUCAUAUUUUCAGAACAAAAAGAAGAAGCUUGUACACUUUUCA